CCUUCGAUCUCAUUUCACACAUCACUAAUUCCUUUUUUCAUAAGUAACCCUUAAGACAAAAAUGGCAGCCUCUACAACAAUGGGAGAUUACCAAACCCAAUCGUCUUGGCGGCCACGCCUAGGCUCCGCUCUACGCACUGCCUUGGCUUGCACCAUAGUCGGCUGCACCACCCUCUAUGGACCUCCACAACUCCGAAAGUACUUGACAUACCCAUCUUUUUCUUACAUGACCACCAUUCUAAUUGUCCCGGACGCAAAGCUUGGUGAUGUCCUGAGAAGCUGUUGGCAUGUCAUGUAUGCCACUGUCCAAGUAAUGGUGCCUUCUGUGCUUACCCUUUGGCUGGUUGGCCCAAAAAAUUUCGACAUCUUGCUGGCAGCAGUGGCUGUGGCAGUCGGUGCUUUUGUAGUGGCUUUGCCAGAGUCUACACACUUGAUGUCUAAGCGGAUUGCAUUUGGGCAGCUUGUGAAUGUUUAUGUAGGCACUGUGGUUCAUGGGGCUCAAACUGGAGUUGUCAUGCACCCUCUUGGCGUUGCAGCAAGCACAGCCCUUGGAGCUCUGGCUUCUGUCCUUGCUUUGUUGCUUCCCUACCCUCGGCUGGCUUACUUCGAGGUCAAGAAAUCAUGGAGGAUGUAUGCUGAAAAUGCUUCCCAGAGGCUAACUCACUUUGUUGAGGCCGUCUCUGCCCAAGACAAAAGAGGAGCACUUGAAUUCAUUUCUCAAGAACAAUCUCUCUCUAAAGCAGCAGCUAAGCUUCAUCAAAGCAUCAGCAACAAUCUGGUAGGGAUGGUGUGGGAGAGACCACAGAUGAAAUUUCUAAAACCAAAUUAUAUGAAGUUGGGUGAACAGUUGCAAGAAACUGAGAUUCCAUUGAGGGGGAUGGAGAUAGCUUUAUCUAGUUACUCUUCAUUUCCUCUUAAUCUGAUUGAUGAAGAGCUAAGAGGUCAUUUACAACGUUCAGAAGUACAGAUAAGCCUAAGGCUGCUGCAAUCUAGGUACUCAAUGCCUUCUGAUGCAACUACAGCUCCAGAGACAAACACAGAGAUUUUGGACAGUGCCCUUUGGAUUGGCAAACCUACCACCACAAACCAUGACAACAUGGCGGCUUCAUUCUUCUUGUACUGCAUGGACCUCCUGCUAGAAAACCAACCCAUUGCCCGAAAUCCCGGAAACACUUUGAAAUCUAACCCUAACCAAGAACCAAGCGGUGCACAAAAUCAAGCGCACUGUAACUUCAAAAGGGUUUGGAAGAACAUAAUGCCAAGCCUCAGGAGUUUAGUUUUUGCCCUCAAGUGCUCACUGGCAUUAGGCCUUGCUGUGUUAUUCGGUUUGAUAUAUAACAAAGAAAACGGAUACUGGGCAGGCCUCACCAUUGCCAUCGGUUUCGUGACAGGACGGCAAGCCACAUUUACAGUUACAAAUGCUCGAGCACAAGGAACGGCGAUGGGGUCUGUCUAUGGAGUCAUAUGGUUAUUUCUUUUCCAAGGAAUUGAGCACUUUAGACUCUUACCACUCAUACCUUGGAUCUUUUUCACCCAUUUUCUUAGGCAUAGCAGGAUGUAUGGCCAAGCUGGUGGGAUCUCAGCAGCCAUUGGGGCAUUGCUAAUCUUGGGUAGGGAAAAUUAUGGUCCUCCAAGUGAUUUUGCAAUUGCAAGAAUGACAGAGGCAUGCAUUGGACUGAUUUGUUUCGUUUUAGUAGAGACUGUCUUUUAUCCUAUGAGAGCAGUGACCCUAGCAAGAAAUGAGCUUUCUAAAAGCAUGGGGGCACUUCGAGAUUGCAUCAAAGACAUAAAUCUUUGUGUACCGGCUUCUGCCGGACUGAGGGAAAAGAAGAGGAAGCUAAAAUCCCACCUUAAAAAGUUAGAAAACUUCCUCCAAGAAGCUGAAACAGAGCCUAAUUUCUGGUUCUUGCCCUUUAAGGGUGCAAGUUACAGUAAGGUGCUAGGAUCUUUAUCGAAAAUGGCUGAUCUUUUACUAUUUGUGGCCUGUGAAACGGAGUUCCUCUCACAAGUAACACAGAAAUUGGGAGGUGCUUCAGAGGAACUAAGGCAACAUAUGAAUGCUGACCUUGAGCUUCUAAAGGAAAAAAUUAACUCUUCACUGAAAUGCCUUGAGGAGGUGACUUCGAUCAAGUCCGUUGCAGUAUUUGAGACAGAGGCGCAAGACGAUUACCACGACAGCGAAUUGGGCAAACCAGCAAACCCAUUCAGGAUUUUGGGUGAAGGAGAUGAAGAGGUUGAGAUCAUUGUACGUAUUCUUCUUCAACAUUUUGAGGAAGUAGCUGACAACGUACAUAAUAGUGACAGUGAAGAGAAACGUAAAAGCCAAAUGGUUCUUUGUUUGGCUAGCCUGGGAUUCUGCAUCCGAAUUUUGACGAGUGAAACAAUGGAGAUGGAGAAACAAGUGAGGAAACUAGUAAAAUGGGAGAGUCCUUCAAGGCACAAACAAUUUCUUAAUAUUUGUUGUAAAGCUGAUGCACUGGAUGCACUGGAUGCACAUACAUAGCGCCUAAUAAGAGGUGUGUUAGCUUGACCAUACAUCUAACCGAUUGGCAUUCAGACCAACCCAAAAAAAAAAA